AUGUUUCAAAGGUUACUCACAUCUAUUCCACGAAACUGUAAUAUAAGAAAGAUGUCCGACGCUCCAAUUGUUGCGGCAACUAAAGCAGCAGCUACCGCUGUUUCAAAUGCUAAACCACAAUCUUCGAAGAAAGCUAGUAAGAAGUCUAAGAAGCAAGACCAAUUUUUAUUAAAGACUCCAAAAGGUACUAAAGAUUGGGCUGAUAAAGACAUGGUUAUCAGAGAGGCAAUCUUCGGUACUUUAACUUCAUUAUUCAAGAGACACGGGGGUGUAACUAUAGACACGCCGGUUUUCGAGUUAAGAGAGAUUUUAACUGGAAAGUACGGUGAAGACUCGAAGUUAAUAUAUAACUUAGAAGAUCAAGGUGGUGAAUUGACCUCAUUGAGAUAUGAUUUAACGGUUCCAUUUGCAAGGUUUGUUGCCUGUAACAGUAUUAGUAGUAUCAAGAGAUAUCACAUCGCUAAAGUCUAUAGAAGAGAUCAACCAGCCAUGACUAAGGGUAGAAUGAGAGAAUUCUACCAAUGUGAUUUCGAUGUGGCCGGUAACUUUGAUACGAUGGUCCCUGAUUCAGAAAUUUUAUCUCUUUUGUGUGAAGGUUUAACAAACUUGGGUGUUAAGGAUUUUAAAGUUAAAUUGAAUCAUAGAAAAAUUUUAGAUGGUAUCUUCCAAGCGUGUGGUGUUAAAGACGAGGAUGUUAGAAAAAUUUCUUCUGCUGUUGAUAAGUUAGACAAAUCUCCAUGGGAAGCCGUAAAGAAAGAAAUGGUCGUUGAAAAGGGCCAAUCUGAAGAAGUUGCUGACAGGAUUGGUGAUUUUGUUAAGUUGAAUGGUUCCAUUAGAGACGUUUUACAAAUCUUACAAUCCAAUGAUUUAUUGAAAGAAAAUGAAUCUGCUCAGAAGGGUAUUGAAGAAAUGAGUAUCUUGGCAGACUAUGUUGAUGCUUUCGAAAUUGCCAAUUUUACCGUCUUUGAUUUAUCAUUAGCCAGAGGUUUAGAUUACUACACAGGUUUGAUUUAUGAAGCCGUUACAUCUGCAUCUGCACCACCAACUAAUGCCAAUGAAUUAAAGGAAAAAGCUCAAAAAGAAAAGGCUGAAGUUGAAGAUGCUUCUGAAUACGUCGGUGUUGGUUCAAUCGCUGCUGGUGGUCGUUACGAUAAUUUAGUAGGUAUGUUUUCUAAUGGUAAAUCAAUCCCUUGUGUUGGUAUUUCCUUUGGUGUUGAAAGAAUCUUCUCAAUAAUCAAAGCAAGAGCUUCCAAGGAAUUGGAAAGAAUUAGCUCUUCACAAACGCAAGUUUUUGUCAUGGCUUUCGGUGGGGGUGAAGGCUGGAAUGGUUUCUUAAAGGAAAGAAUGGCUGUUACCAAUAAAUUAUGGUCAGCGGGUAUUAACACUGAAUAUUUAUACAAGAGUAAAGCGAAUAUCCGUAAACAGUUUGAUGCAGCAGAAAAGUCUGGUGCUCAAGUUGCUAUAAUUCUAGGAAAAGAAGAAUAUCCUCAAGGCCAAUUGAGAAUGAAGGUUUUAGGCCAUGAUAGCGAUCAAGGUGAGAUCAUUAAAGUUGAUGAGCUUGUUUCAGUUGUUCAAGACAAGUUAUCUAGCUUAAAUAAGGACGGUUUAGAUGAAAUUACCCGUUUGAUUAAAGGUUUGUAA